UAUCCUGAGCUCUUCUGUGUCUCUAUUAUAAUGGCUAACGGCAUGAUUUACUUCACGUUGGGACUCUUUCUGUUGAUAAGUUGUUACAGCGACAGGGUCAUGGCAGGGGAUCCCGAUCCCUUGCAAGAUUUCUGCGUUGCAGACAUGGAUAGCAAAGUUAAGGUGAACGGGUUCGUUUGCAAAGACCCAAUGGCAGUUUCAGCAGACGACUUCUUCUUCGGGGGACUUGGGCAGGCAGGGAACACCGACAAUCCAGUGGGCUCCAAUGUAACGAUGGCCAAUGUUAUGCAGAUACCAGGCCUCAACACCUUCGGAAUAUCGUUGGUCCGUAUCGAUUACGCAGUGGGUGGAAUAAAUCCUCCUCACACGCACCCAAGAGCCACUGAAGUUCUUGUUUUACUGGAAGGCCAGCUUCUUGUGGGUUUCAUUGACACCACCAACAAGUUUUUCAGCAAAACGUUGGAGAAGGGAGAUGUGUUUGUGUUUCCAAAGGCACUUGUGCAUUUCCAGCAGAAUGUUGGGCAUGAAAAUGCGGUGGCCAUAGCUGCAUUGAGCAGCCAGCUUCCGGGAGCUCAGACAAUCGCCAACUCUUUAUUUGCAGCGGAUCCUCCUCUCCCAGAUUCCGUAUUGGCCAAGGCCUUCCGCAUCACCCAGGAACUGGUGGAUUACAUUCAGAAGCAAUUCGCCUAAGCUUCUGAAGCUUAAUUUGAUGUGAUCUUUAUCUCAUCUUUUCCUUAUUGUUGAAUAAAACUUCUUAUUAUCGUUAUU